CAGCUAGUCUUUCUCUCUCCUUCUCUCUUUCUCCUCACUCUCUCUCUCUCUCUUCCUCUCUCCUUUAUCUAUCUGUGAGUGGCUCUCGACCUUCCUUCCUUUCUUCCUUUCUUUCUUUCUUUCUUUCUUUAUUUAUUUAUUUCUUCAUUUUUUCUCAGAGUCGGGAGCUAUCCAGUGCUGAACGUGUGCACUUAAAAAAAAAAAAUUAACAAAUAUUUUAGAGUAUUUUUAAGUAUAUUUUUUAGUAUUUUUUAAAAGUAUUUUUAAAGUAUUUAUUUAUUUUUUAUUUUAUUUAGUUCUCCACCACCAAAAAGAAGAAGAAGAUUAGACAGAGAGUCUAUACAGAGUGUGUGUAGCUGUGUGUGUAUAUGUAUUUAUGUAUUUUUAUAUGUGUGUGUGUGUGUGAGCAUUGUACAGUACAGUAGCACUCAUCAGUAGUGGCGGUGCACUCCACCGCUCGCUUACACACACACACACACACACACACACACAGACAGAGACAGCAUAGCAUAGCACAGCACACACUGCACACACAGCAUCGCAUCGCAUUGUAUCGCAUCGCAUCCUCAUUCAUCCUCCUCUUCCUCCUCCGUCGCCUUGCUCUCUCUCUUCUCUUCUCUUCUCUUUUUAUAUUAUCUCUUCCUUUCUUUCUUUCCUUCUUUUUGAUCUGCAUCCUCAUCUUUUGUUUCAUCUUGUCAUCUUUUUUUUUGGAUCCAUCGUGCUGCUUUCUCUUUUUCACCUCCUUUUUUUUAAUGUACAUUUUUUUGCAUUUUUGCAAGGAGCUCGGGCCUUUUAUUUUGUAAAUAAGUUGAACGCACGGAUUUAAGAAAGGCGACGCAACUCAAGGAUUUUUUCUCUAUUUUUUAAUUUUUUCCUGUGAAUUUUCCGUGUUUCCCGUGCGACGCCCAUGCGUACGGCUUCUCGCGUGUGUGUGCUGACCGUGCGCGAAGCAGAAAGAGAAGAAGAAGAAGAGGAGGAAGCAGCAGCAGCAUCAUGCCACGCUCCUUUCUGGUGAAGAAGAUCAAGUUGGAUGAUUUCUCCUCGUCUCCCGUGGUGGCGUCCAACCAUCACCACCACCACCACCACCAUCACCACAACCACCACCAUCACCACCUGGACGACGCCUUCGCCUUCACCCGCUCCAUCACAGACUCCAGCGUAACCAGCCUGGGCGUCCGACUCAGCGAGAAUGGCUACAUCCAGGACUACAUCAGUCCUUCAGGAUUUCAGGGCGAGAAGAAGCUGGAGCUUAAGCUGGCCUCGGCCGUGUCCGACCCCCUGUACGCUCCGGUCAGCAGCGGGGGGGAGGAGUACUGCGAGCCGGACCUGGAGCAGCCCGACAGCCCCCAGUCCGGCCUGACCGCCCGCGGAUACUACAGCGGCGAGGCGGAGAGCCUGAGCGACGGCUACACCACCGCCGACGCCUUCUUCAUCUCGGACGGGCGCUCGCGGAGGAAAGGCGAGGCCAAGGAGGCGAAGAAGAGCCCGGAGGAGGUGAAGGAGGUGGUGGGCGGCGGCCCUCGGCACACGUGCAACGAGUGCGGCAAGACCUACGCCACGUCCUCCAACCUGAGCCGCCACAAGCAGACGCACCGCAGCCUGGACAGCAAGAUGGCGCGCAAGUGCCCCACCUGCAACAAGGUGUACGUGUCCAUGCCGGCGCUGGCCAUGCACAUCCUGACGCACGACCUCAAGCACAAGUGCGACGUGUGCAGCAAGGCCUUCAGCCGGCCGUGGCUCCUGCAGGGACACAUGCGCUCGCACACCGGCGAGAAGCCCUUCGCCUGCGCCCACUGCGGCAAAGCCUUCGCCGACCGCUCCAACCUGCGCGCCCACAUGCAGACGCACUCCGCCUUCAAGCACUACCGCUGCAAGCGCUGCGACAAGACCUUCGCCCUCAAGUCCUACCUGAACAAGCACUACGAGUCCGCCUGCUUCAAGGGCUCCGGCGACGAGGACGAGUCCGGCUCCGAGAACUGAUGGAGGGAGCGGAGAGAACCGCCACCAGAAACUUCCAGAAGCUUCGAGAAACUUCGUCUGUCGCCUCUUCUUCGGAUUUUCGUCAGGAAGCGUCAGGAGACUUGUUUAUCUUGUUCAUUCGCGCACGUCUUCUCUCCGUACGAUUAACGAACGGAAACAAAAACGCCCUUCACUUCUUCACUUCCUUUAAAACAUUUACACUAAUAAACACACAUUAAUACAACUACACACUUAAAUACACACACACACACGUACACACUCAAACUGGAAGAAGGAAGAAACACAUUGAAACAAAUAGAAUUGAAAUAAUCAAAAUGAUUGAGAUGAUUGAGAAAUGUGUAAUUCACACUGACGUCCACAUCAAUACAUAUGAUCAGAAGUGAUGCUCAACUUCUAAGAGCUUUAAAUUCUCUUUAAUUAUUUAUUUAUUAUUUAUCUCUAUUAUUAUUAAUUCUACAGUUUCUUUAGGAAACAUCUCACAUGUCCAAUAGUUUUCCCUUAUAGAAAUGCACUGAAAUGUGUCCAUAAACUCAAUUUUUUUGAGCUACAACAAGCAAAUUUGGCAGAAUCACAGAAACAAUACUGUAGUUUUAUACUUAAUGCUUUUUUAUGCUUUAUAUAAAUCAAAUUACUUACAGUAUUCAUAUAAUUAUUGUAUAUAUUUCACAUUCUUGCUCUCCAGCGCAGUCUGUGCAUGGUGGAGCUUGGGGCACCCAUAUUUUAGCAAGUAAGUUUAUGGACACAGUUCUGUUCUGUAGCCAAAUACAUAUAUAUAUAUAUAUAUAUAUAUAUAUAUAUAUAUAUAUAUAUAUAUAUAUAUGGACAUAGCUAUUAGCAUAAAGAAACAUAGCAACACCUUAGCAACCACCUUAGCACCUAUAUUACACUAUAUUACACUUUCCAGGUAAUAUCAGCUUACUAUUAUCGGCUCCAUCCCUAGAGCAUCACUGUAUUAUAUUAAUAUUUAUUGUUGCCAAAAGAAAAGUAUUAUUAUUGCCAAACGUGAUUUGCAGUUAUGUAUAUAUUUAGUUAUAUAUUGUAUUGAUGUGGAAAUAAUGUUCACAUUUAAAAAUCAGGACAAUUCAAUGCGUUUCUUCUUUUUUUUCUGGGCACGACGGAAUAAAUAAACGAAGAAGAGAAAUUCAAUCCUUCCAAAAAAUUCAAUAAUCGCAUCCUUCAUAUACACACACACACACACACACACUCAUACAAACAUACACACACAUACACACACACACUUUCUCCCACACACAAAUAAAUGCGCCUUCCCCCUUUUCCCCCCCUCUUUUUUAGAAAGCAAUAUUUUCGCUGAGAUUAACUUUGGGAAAAACCUGAGAACAAUAAUGACCAGACAAUAAUGAAUAGAUGCUGGAUUUUUUUCUUCACGAUUUCUUGCGAUUGCUAAUUGUCUACAGAUACACGGCAACGUACUUUAAGACUCUCUCUUUCCCUCUAUCUCUCUCUCUUUCUCUUUCUCUCUCUCUCUCUAUCUAUCACACACACUUACUCACACACACACUCUUAUUAUGAGGCCUGGCAUGUGAAUUUUUAUCAAUGACUAUAAUAAUAUUAAUAACGAUAGUAAUAAUAUUUAGAUUCCUGAUAUUCUGAUAUUUUAUAGCAAAUCGAACGAAAAAGAAACAAAAAAAAACAAACAAACACAAACAAAGAGAACAAACAAAAAAGGACAACGACGGCGUUCCUUCCUUUUUUUGUUUUUUCCUGUUUUCUUUUUUAGAAACAAACAAACGAAAAAAUGACCUCAUGUAUUUUUAUGCUGCUUUUAUUUUUUUCUUUUUUGUGCUAAGAGUUGAAUUCUUUUGCAACUGCCAAUUUCAACUUUUAUGACUUUUAAUGUCUACGAUGACAGUAUUUGCAAAAAAAUCGUAAUGGCCACUGAAGAGGUGAAAAUGUUGUUUUUCAUCGCUCUUUCUUUUUUUAAGAAUAUGUUAAUGAUUAUUAUUAUAAGUGUUAUUUUUAUAUCGCGAGUCCAAAAUUCGAGCUGUUUAUUUAUUGUCUUUUAUUUAUUGAUUGAUUGAUUGAUUUUUUUGUGCCAAUCACCCCCUUUGAUGAUGCCCCUUGAUAACUUAUCGGAAGCAAUCUUUCGGGAAUCUUAAGCUACUGUGGUGGAGAAUGCGGGCUACGCCAAAAUCAACCCGAAGGACAAACGAAAGAGACGGAAGCAACUCAACAAAAACUCGACGAAAAGACGCUGAAAGCGGUUUAAAACCUCUCGUCGCUCUCGUCUCGGUCCUGUCUGACAGGAUGCAAUAUCUCAGUAUUCGCUCGCAGUAUUCGUUUAUGAGGACUCCAACAAGGACAUUUACUAGCAGACAUCAAAGAAGAGUGAUGCAACUCAACUGAAGCAAUCUCAACCCACGAUACAGGUCUUCCUCCGCCGGUUUGGCUUAAAACAGACAAAGCAGACUCUUCAAGUGUUUCGUCCAUCUGGAGAUCCCCCCUUCCCCCUACUUCCUGUCUAACGAUUACCUCACCCAGAGGCAGGUAUGACCUCUGACCCCUACGACUCUCUUCUUGUCCCCUCACUGUCCAUCCUUCACCUCCUUCACCACCAGAACUACAACCUCAUCUCUCGCCAUCUCAGUAUUGUUUCAUUUAUGUAUUUAUUCAUGUACUAUUUAUUCCUUUAUUUUUUUUAUUUGAGUAUUUAUUAUUUUAUAAUUUUCUUGGUGUUCUUGAUUUUCUAUUUAUUUACUAAUUUAUUGAUUUAAUUUAUUGAUUGAUUGAUUGAUUGAUUGAACUUAUUCAUCUGUGUAUUCCGUGUAAUACUGAAUACCGCCACCAUUGACCUUGUAAGAUGCUGCUCUUGAAAGAACAAAUGUUUAUAUGCAUGAUGAUAAAAAAACAAAACUGUAGAAAAAGUCCGUAGGACUUCUAGCGUUUUUGAAGAGGAACAAUGUACAGCGUUUGAGACGCCCGAAUGCCGGUGAACACUUUUUUUCUUCCUCACAGGCAAUAAUAAUAAUAUUAAUAAUAAUAUUAUUAAUAAUAACAGUAAUAAUAAUUAUUAUAAUUCUCCCUUGGCAUGGCAACGGACUUGUAUAAUCAGAGCUGUCCUGUCUGCAGAACACUUAUAAACGGCAAUAAAUGAAAGCGCCUGAACACGAAA